AUACAAUGGUGGGCUAUUGUGACUUUGACCUGGAAGUUUGACCUACUUUUGAUAAAAAUCUAACCUAAAUAAUAUGUCCUGAACUAUUUAAGAUAGAUCUUUCAUAUCUUGUAUAUAUGUUUCUUAUGGCAAGACUUUUCAUUUGAUAUCAUGAUCUUUUGACCCUUUGACCUUGAACUCUGAGUAUGACCUACUUUUAAGAAAACAUUACCUACAGAAUAUAUUAGGAACCGUUUUAGGUGGGGCGUUGAUAUUUUGUAUUACGGCAAGACCUUGUACACAAUGGUGUUUGAUCUUUUGGCCUUGUACUUUGGCCUACUUUUAGCUCACCAGAGCUGAAGGCUCAAGUGAGCUUUUCUGAUCAAUAUUUGUCCAUUGUCUGUCGUUGUUGUCGUUGUAAACUUUUCACAUUUUCAUCUUCUUCUCCAUAACCACUGAGGCAAUUUUAUCCAAACCUGGCACCAAGCAUCCUUGGGUGAAGGGUUUUCAAGUUUGUUCAAAUAAAGGGCAUGUCCUUCUACAAGGGGAGAUAAUAGCAAAAUAGUGAAAAUACAUAAACGACUUUUAAAAAUCUUCUCCAGAACCACUGGGCUAAUUUCAACCAAACUGGGCACAAAGUAUCCUUGGGUGAAGGGAAAUCAAGUUUGUUCCAAUGAAUGGCCGUGCCCUUUUCCAAGGAGAGAUGAAAAUACAUUGACGACUUUUAAAAAUCUUUGUCUCCAGAACCAAUGGGACAAUUUGAACUAAACUUAGCACAAAGCAUCCUUGCGUGAAGCGAAUUCAAGUUUGUUCAAAUGAAGAACCAUGCACCUUUCCAAGGAGAUAAAAUCACAAAAAUACAAAAAUAGGGUUGGGUCAUUGAAAAAUCUUCUCAAGAACCACUGGGCUAGAAAAGUUUAUAUUUGCAUGAAAGCUUUUCAACAUAGUGCAGAUUCAAGUUUGUUAAAAUCAUGACCCCCUGGGGUAGGUUGGAGCCUCAAUAGAGGAUCAAAGUUUUACAUACAAAUAUAUAGGGUAAAAUCUUCUCACAAACCAGUGGGCCUGUAAAGUACAAAUUUACAUGAAAGCUUCCUGACAUAGUGCAGAUUCAAGUUUAUUGUGUCCAAGGUGUGAAUACAGGUCCCACUGUUUCAUCUGUAUUAACUAAGGUUUAUCAUUGGUUGUGAAUUCAGAAAUAUUGUUAGUUGUAUUUUUCAUUUUUAUGCCCCCGCCACAAAGUAGUUGAGGCACAUAGUUUUACCUUUGUCUGGCCUUCUGCGACACCUAAUUGUCCAGACUUUUUUUCUAAACACCUUGAGAUAUUGAAUUGAUUUUUUGUAUGCAGGUGUAUAUUGAUGAGUUACAGAUCAAGUUUUAUUCCAGUUCAUUGAUUUUGUAUGGAGUAGUGCCUCUUUAACAUAGAAAAUUGUGCCAACACAUUAGUUGAUAUAAUGUUAUAUUGACUCUUGUGUUGUAUGUUGUAGGUGCUGAAUUCUAUAUUUGUGUUGUAGGUGCUGAAUUCUAUAUUUGUGUUGUAGGUGCUGAAAUAUAUAUUUGUGUUGUAGGUGCUGAAAUAUAUAUUUGUGUUGUAGGUGCUGAAUUCUAUUUUUGGUGUGGACACUGGAGGAAAAUACCCAUCAAUCAAACAGGUUUAUGAGCUGAGCUUUUUCCGGGAUAUAAACUUAGGAGAGAUGAGUAGAUUCAAUCCUGCAAAGAUUCAUUUAUCCAAAGACAUGAAAAAAGCCAUAAAAAUUGUGAACUCAGGCAAACCACAAAAAAAAAAAUUAAAGAGAACAACCUCCUCGGCCAGAAUGGAACGAACAGACUCACGAUCCAUGCUGCACAGUGGUGGAUCCAAACUUCCUUCUCCACCCCCUCCUGGUGGGCCCCCAGUGGGGAUCCCACCUCCACCAGCUCCUCCACCCCCCACCAGCCCAGGCGGGCCUCCACCAGCUCCACAAGCACCACCACCAGCACCACCCGCCCCACCACCUCCUUCAGUUUCCACUGGUGGUUCAAACGGGAGGGCAGCCCUGCUUGGUGAUAUUAGGACAGGGAUGAAACUGAAGAAAGCGGUAACCAACGACAGGAGUGCUCCUAAGGUGUGAGGUCAAGGUCGUGUGACAAAGGUCAACAACUCAAGGCCAAUCAGAUGUUAGUCAUCCAGUCUUCCCUAGUUACCUCUGUGUAUUUGGAGUAUUUUAUUAAGUCUCUUCUCUAACAUUGAUAUUGAGAGAAACAAUGAUGAGCAUGUGUAUAUUGUCUCAUUUCAUAAUUAUGACAUUGUAAAUUUCAGGGUCAUUAGCUAUUAAUUUAGAAACAAGAAAUACAUGUAAGUUAAAAACACUGAAGUUGGGGGACACAAUGUUCAUCUUUAUUCACACUGAGAUUAUAUCACGGCAGAUUUCUCUUAGACUUGGACAAAUAAUACAGUGGAUUUACUUUUAAGCAAUUUUCAACUUUUAGUGACUUUGUUGCACAUGUUGAAGCAAGAAUGCUAAUUCAUGGUUGUGUUAAAUUAUGAAAAUGUCAUAUAUAGAUGAAGUGCUUUAUCAUGAUAACACUGAAUAGUGCAUCAAAUUUUACUGCACCAAAUUUUAGAUAUACAAAUUAAGUUAAAAAUACAUACAGUGUUAUGAAUAUGUAUUAUACGUGUUUUAUAUGGUCAUACAACAUUGUGAUUUUAAUUGUUCUUAUUUAGCUCACCUGAGUGUUUUCUGAUUGAAAUCAUCCAUCUGUCUGUAAACUUUUAUGAAUCUACCAAACUUGAUAUAAAUUAAACCUUCUUGUGUUGAAGGAAUGCCUCUUUUCAAGGAAGAUAAUUUUUUUAAAAGAUGACGAAAAUGGAAUGAAGUGUUUAUAUAUAUCCUCAUUCUCAAGAACCAUUAAACCAGAAAAUCAAAAACUUGCAUUGAAAUUUCUUUUUAGAAUGAAGAUUCAAUUCUAUUCAAACCAUGAUCCUUGAAGCCAAGUUUCUAAAAUUGUUCAUAGGAAUAUAUAGGACAAGUCUUUUUUAAGAUAUUCUCCAGAACCAUCAGAGUGUGUACAUGUAAGCAUCCCUCUGUUGUGUAGAUUAAUGUAAGAAUCCCUCUGUUGUGUGGAUUAAUGUAAGCAUCCCUCUGUUGUGUAGAUUAAU